AUGACAGUGCGUUUGUUGCCACUGAUUAAUGAUGAAAACAACACAUUUGGAGAUGUCCUUAUAAAUCCAUCAAACCUGAGGACAGCCGAAAUGAAGGCUUUAACAACUUCUACAACAAAAAAUGGUGGCAUUUAUCUACUAAAUAAAGUCGUGGAGAUGGUAUUUAAAAAGGAGGAGUUGUGUAAAAGUAAAGGUCUAAAAGGUCUGGACCAACACAAAUUGGAAGCAAUCCAAGAGUACAUGCACUCUAAGUGCAAAAAAUUGCAGUUGGAUCCUGUGCCACCGAAAAUCUUUAACAAAACUAUUCAGAACAAAAUUGGAAAUCUUAGGCACGAAACUAAAGGAAAAACCAGUCUAGUUGGGAAAAAAGGUGCAACUUAAUCCAGUUCCACAAAGAGUACCGAUAAUCAACAAAACAAUCCAGAACAAAAUGAGAAACAAUAAUAGACAUGGAAUUAAAGAAAGUGUGCUUGAAAUUGUGCCUUUGUGAUAUAAAGGAUUACUGUAUCGAAUUAUUAACCCUUAU